GCGGGAGGAGUGGAGUUAGAAUCAAAGGUGGCCUCGGAGGCGGCUAGAGCGGCUUGGAAGGGGGGUAGGGGGGAACCGGGAGCCGACGCGCGGCGGCUUCGGUCCUGGCAGCAGCGGUGGCUUCUCCGACCCCGAGCAGCCCUGCAGAGCCCAUGGAGGCAGACAGCGUCCUGGUCCGAGGGGCGGCCCCAGGGCCCCCCCGGCCUGGCUUGGUGCCCGUCAGCAUCAUUGGGGCCGAGGACGAGGAUUUUGAGAACGAACUGGAGGCGAACCCAGAGGAGCAAAACAGCCAGUUCCAGAGCCUGGAGCAGGUGAAGCGGCGUCCAGCCCACCUGAUGGCCCUCCUGCAGCACGUGGCCCUGCAGUUCGAGCCAGGACCCCUGCUCUGCUGCCUGCACGCGGACCUGCUGGGCUCUCUGGGCCCUAAGGAGGCCAAGAAGGCCUUCCUCGACUUCUACCACAGCUUCCUGGAGAAGACCGCGGUUCUGCGGGUGUCUGUCCCUUCCGCUGUCGCCUUUGAACUUGACCGCACGCGGCCUGACCUCAUCUCUGAGGACAGCCAGCGGCAGUUCGUGCAGGAGGUGGUGCAGAGCCAGCAGGCAGCCAUCAGCCGGCAGCUGGAGGACUUCCGAUCCAAGCGGCUCAUGGGCAUGACGCCCUGGGAGCAGGAGCUGACCCAGCUGGAGGCCUGGGUGGAGCGGGAUCACGCCACCUUCGAGGCCCGGGAGCGGCUGGUGGCGGAGCGGCUGCUGGCCCACUUGGAGGAGAUGCAACAUACCAUCUCUACCGAUGAAGAAAAGAGUGCCGCCGUGGUCAGCGCCAUCAGCCUGUACAUGCGCCACCUCGGGGUGCGGACCAAGAGCGGAGACAAGAAGACGGGGAGGAAUUUCUUCCGGAAAAAGGUGAAGGAAAACCGGCGCUCAGAUGAGCCCACCAAGACCAAGAAAGGACUGAGCAGCUUCCUAGACGCUGCCCGAUGGAACCGGGGAGAGCCCCAGGCCCCAGAUUUUCGACACCUCAAAACGGAGGCUGAUGUUGAGAAGCCAGGCCUCACAGAACGGAAGGGAGGCCUGGGGGUGCCCUCCCGGGACCGGAAUGUUGGGGUCCCUGGGCAGGACUCCCCUGGAGUUUCACUGCAACCUGUGUCCGGGGACAGUCCUGACCGGGAACCAGGUGAGGCCUCCCCGGAGCUGGGGGACCCGCCCCCGCAGGGCCCCGCCAGCCUGGAGCCCCCAGCGCCCCUGGAGAGCACCGAGGAGGGUCCUGAUACAGAGAGCCCUGAGCCCGGAGAUGAGGGGGAGCCGGGACGGUCAGGACUGGAGCUGGAACCAGAAGAACCCCCCGGCUGGCGGGAGCUCGUACCCCCCGGCACCCUGCACAGCCUGCCCAAGGGCCAGGUGAAGCGGCAGGAGGUCAUUAGCGAGCUGCUGGUGACGGAGGCAGCCCACGUGCGAAUGCUGCGGGUGCUGCACGACCUCUUCUACCAGCCCAUGGCCGACGGGGGCUUCUUCCCCCUGGAGGAGCUACAGAACAUCUUCCCCAGCCUGGACGAGCUCAUCGAGGUGCAUUCUCUGUUCCUCGAUCGCCUGAUGAAGCGGAGGCAGGAGAGCGGCUACCUCAUUGAGGAGAUUGGAGAUGUGCUGCUGGCCCGGUUCGAUGGUGCCGAGGGCUCCUGGUUCCAGAAAAUCUCCUCCCGCUUCUGCAGCCGCCAGUCGUUUGCCUUAGAGCAGCUUAAAGCCAAGCAGCGCAAGGAGCCUCGUUUCUGUGCCUUCGUGCAGGAGGCCGAGAGCCGCCCGCGGUGCCGCCGCCUGCAGCUGAAGGACAUGAUCCCCACGGAGAUGCAGCGGCUGACCAAGUACCCGCUGCUCCUGCAAAGCAUCGCGCAGAACACAGAGGAGCCUGCGGAACGGGAGAAGGUGGAGCUGGCGGCCGAGUGCUGCCGAGAGAUUCUGCACCAUGUCAACCAGGCCGUGCGGGACAUGGAGGACCUGCUGCGGCUCAAGGACUAUCAGAGGCGCCUGGACUUGUCCCACCUGCGGCAGAGCAGCGACCCCAUGCUGAGCGAGUUCAAGAACCUGGACAUCACCAAGAAGAAGCUGGUGCAUGAGGGCCCACUGACAUGGCGGGUGACAAAGGACAAGGCUGUGGGUGAGCCCCCGGGCGGCGAGCCGGGCCUGGGCGAGCUGCUGCUGCCCAAGUCACACAGCCGGACGCUGACCCCCACACCCGACGGCAAGACCAUGCUGCGGCCGGUGCUGCGGCUCACCUCCGCCAUGACCCGGGAGGUGGCCACCGAUCACAAAGCCUUCUACGUCAUUUUCACCUGGGACCAAGAGGCCCAGAUCUAUGAGCUGGUGGCGCAGACCGUGUCAGAGCGGAAGAACUGGUGUGCCCUUAUCACUGAGACCGCCGGAUCCCUGAAGGUCCCUGCCCCUGCCUCCCGCCCCAAACCCCGGCCCAGUCCAAGCAGCACCCGCGAACCCCUGCUCAGCAGCUCUGAGAACGGCAACGGUGGCAGCCGAGAGAUGCCUCCCACGGAUGGCCGGAUCGAGAGAACCCUCAGCGCGCUCCAGCCCUUCUGCAGGCCCGGCCCCGAGGGCCAGCUCGCUGCCAAAGCCCUGCAGAAAGUGCUGUCCCUGAAGCAGCUCCUGCUCCCCUCAGAGGAAGACAACGGGGCAGGGCCUCCCCCUGAAGGGGGUGGGGUCCCAGGGGGCGGCCCCCUGAGCCCCACACAGACCCAGGACGUCCGAGAGGAGCUACUUGGCCUGGAGGAGACCAUUAAACAGCUGGAGGAGGUGGAGGAGGAGUUUUGUCGCCUGCGACUCACCUUGUCUCAGCUGGGAGAGAACACUGUCCCCCAGUCUGGCUGCACCUGAGGCUCCCUGCCCCAGGCAGGCCUUCUGCAAGAUGGAGAGACGGGAGGACCACCACCCACUACUGCACAGCUGCCGCAGCAUAUGCACCCCGAGGGCCCAUGGACAGGGCGCAGGCUUUCGGGCCAAGUCUGAGGGGGUCCAGCUGGGACCACUGCCGCCUCCACCCUCCCUCUGGCCUUGGCCUUCUGCUUGGGGGACUCAGGGCUUCAUUCCCCGGGCACCACAGUGAUCACCAUUUCCCGGGCCAUCCCAGUAUUGCCUGGGGGGCCACCCCCCAUCUCCCAUCCCCAAGUGCCUUUGCUCUGUUUUUAUAUCCUGAAUUGGAGGUUUAUUUUUAAUAUAUAUUAUCUAAGGAGA